ACCGGAUUUCAGCGGCUCACAGGCUGGAGGAAGCUGCUGCUCUCCGUUAUUCUUCAACUUUAUUCUUCUACCUCCUCUAGUUUCUAAGCAGACCAGCGGCUUCCUCUGAAAGAAACACGGAUUUUGCUGUCUGGAAAAAAGAAAAUCCCCGUUUCUCACUUUGCUAUAUAUAUAUUUUUACCCAUUUUUUUCUAAGUCUUGGGGGAUAGGUUGGAGUGAAAUGUCUGGAACUUCGGAUCAGACCAGGCGGUUCUGUGUGUUGUCGUGGGAUCAGGUGCAGCGUUUGGACUCCAUCCUGGGGGAGGCUGUCCCCAUCCACGGCCGUGGAAACUUCCCCACUCUGUCCGUGCAACCCCGUCAGAUCGUCCAGGUGGUGCGAGCGAGGCUGGAGGAGAGAGGAGUUUGUGUGAAGGACGUGAGGCUGAAUGGAUCAGCUGCCAGCCACGUGCUCCAUCAGGAAAACGGCCUUGGCUACAAGGACCUGGACCUGAUCUUCGGUGUGUCACUAAAGGAUGACCAGGCCUUCCGUCUGGUAAAAGAUGUGGUCCUGGACUGCCUGUUGGAUUUCCUGCCGGCCGGGGUCUCUAAGGAACGCAUCACAGCGCUCACCCUCAAGGAGGCAUAUGUGCAGAAACUGGUAAAAGUUUGUAAUGACACGGAUCGCUGGAGCCUCAUCUCGCUGUCCAACAACACGGGCAAGAACGUGGAGCUUAAGUUUGUGGACUCUCUAAGACGGCAGUUUGAAUUCAGCGUGGACUCCUUCCAGAUUUGUCUAGACUCUUUGCUUUUGUUUGACCGGUGUUCGGAAACCCCCAUGUCUGAGAGCUUCCACCCCACCGUGAUUGGGGAGAGCGUGUACGGCGACUUCCAGGAAGCUAUGGGCCAUCUCUGUCAGAGGACCAUAGCAACAAGAAGCCCAGAGGAAAUCAGGGGCGGUGGCUUGUUGAAGUACUGCCACCUGCUGGUGAGGGGCUUCACGCCGUCCUCUGAAGCGGACAUGAAGCAGAUGCAGCGCUACAUGUGCUCGCGCUUCUUUAUUGACUUCCCAGACAUAGGCGAGCAGCAAAGGAAGCUGGAGGCUUACCUGCAGAACCACUUCGUCGGCAUGGAGCACAAACGCUACGAGUGCCUGAUGACGCUGCACCAUGUCGUGAACGAGAGUACCGUGUGUCUGAUGAGCCACGAGCGGCGUCAAACGCUCAGCCUUAUCUCCAUGCUGGCACUAAAGGUGCUCGCUGAACAGAACGCCAUCCCAACUGUGACGAACGUCACAUGCUACUAUCAGCCGGCACCUUAUGUGCAGGACAUCAACUUCAGUAAUUAUUACAUUGCACACGUGCAAACGCCACAGAUCACGCACUGCAGUAAUUCAUAUCAGACUUGGCUGCCCUGUAGUUGAUCCAUUGUGUCUCCAUGGUCUCAGUGUCGGAGGAUCGAAACCUAGGUUUGCCAAACAUGACAAUCCUGUAGUCAGAAUAAGCUGACGAAUGAUUUCUCCUCAUUUGUUCUUCUUUUUUUUUUUUUUCCAGAUGCAAAAACAUCUGUAAGAUUGCUGGUCAUUUCUGAGAUGUAGCUGUAAUAUCCUAUUUAAAUCUAAAAAGAAACACAACUUUAUAUGUUUCAGAAAUACACAUUCUGAUGAAAUGAACUUAUUUUCUUACAAUUUUGAAAUAAAAGCAAUUACUUACUGGACCAAAGAUGUUUUUUUUUGUUCUGAAAAGGAAGCAAUGCUUUAAUUCCUAGUGCCUAAAAAGAACCACAAAAUGUUUGAAAAACAUUUGUAAAGUGACGACUGUGAAUGAAGUGUUUUUUAGAUUCUGUCUCUCAUUUCAGAAACAUAAGCAUUUUUUUUGUGAGAAUAAAAAAAAGGAAAACUCA